UUUUCUUGGGGAUUCUCCUCUCUCCUGCCAGCCUGACUUACACGUUCUUGAUAAUUUCUCUUCCCCUCAUUUUUUAUACUCUUCUCCCUGCUUCCAAACCCUGUGUCUGUGUGUUUCAAUACUAUCACAACCUCUGCUAAAAAUAGAUCUUUUUAUACCCUUCCUCCUCUCUGACCCCAUCCAACACCCCUUGUUAAGUUCCCUCUCUGUUUGCUCUGAAGUUGCCAAGACAGAAAUGAUGACGAUUAUGGGAGAGUAGGAAAGGGUAACUAUUUUACGCCCAGAGGAAGAAAAGUAAAUUCACUUGGCUGUCCCAUAUCUCUAAGGAACCUGAUGCAUGAGUGGACUAGAGAAGAGAAAGAGAGAAAAACCCCAAAGACCUACAGAUCAUCUGGCUGGCAGGGUCAAGUUUUCUUUGGAUUGAGGUGGAACUGUGGCACAUGGACGUCUGAUGUGAUAAAGCAUACUCAACACUUUUAGAUAUCUUGAGACUGCAAAAGCUGACCACCGACAGCAGGUUUUUACAUAUCACUGCUCUUCUGACAAAUCUCUGCUGCUCUGUUGAAUGUUUUAGAAAAAUCACGUUGGAGAUUGAAGAUUAUUUUGGAAGUUUGAUCUGUUUGUAGGAGAAGCUGAUCUUUGGUGUGCAUGUAUCCACGUACUUUCAGUUUUGAGGUUGAUUAAGUGAAUAGAAGAAAAAAACGAAAAGAAAAACGAAGGUACUUUCAAGUAUUGAAGAUACAAGGCCAGGAUGAAUACAAAGGACGGAAAAAUGUCUGAAGGCGGUCUCAAUGUCACUCUUACCAUACGCCUUCUAAUGCAUGGCAAGGAGGUUGGAAGCAUUAUCGGAAAGAAAGGUGAGACAGUGAAGAAGAUGAGGGAGGAGAGUGGUGCUCGAAUCAAUAUUUCAGAAGGCACUUGUCCAGAGAGAAUUGUGACAAUAACAGGCCCAACAGAUGCAAUUUUUAAAGCUUUUUCUAUGAUUGCACUAAAAUUUGAAGAGGACAUAAACGCUUCGAUGACAAACAGCUCGGUGACAAGCAAACCGCCCGUAACACUGCGGCUCGUCGUCCCAGCAAGUCAGUGUGGAUCCCUUAUAGGAAAAGGAGGUUCCAAAAUCAAAGAAAUCAGGGAGUCCACAGGAGCGCAGGUGCAGGUGGCAGGGGACAUGCUGCCCAACUCAACGGAGCGCGCGGUGACCAUAUCCGGCACUCCCGACGCCAUCAUCCAGUGUGUGAAACAGAUCUGCGUGGUGAUGCUGGAGUCCCCACCCAAAGGUGCCACCAUCCCCUACCGUCCCAAACCUGCCUCUGCACCUAUCAUUUUUGCAGGUGGCCAGGUAAGAGCAGACACCAUUUUGGCUUCAGCUGGAAACCACACCGUCCUGGCCCAGCCUCAGCCAGCGCCUGCGUUCACGAUUCAGGGGCAGUACGCCAUCCCUCAUCCAGACGUGAGUCCAGCACAUUUGACCAAGCUUCACCAGUUGGCUAUGCAGCAUCCCCCCUUUACUCCCCUUGGGCAGACCACCCCUGGUUUCCCUGGACUGGAUGCCACUACUCCAACCAGUUCCCAUGAACUUACUAUUCCCAAUGAUUUAAUAGGCUGCAUUAUUGGCAGACAAGGCAGUAAGAUAAAUGAAAUCAGGCAGAUGUCAGGAGCGCAGAUCAAGAUUGCUAAUGCCACAGAAGGCUCCGCAGAACGACAAGUUACAAUCACAGGAUCCCCUGCAAACAUCAGCUUAGCACAGUACCUCAUUAAUGCAAGCAUAUACUUUCUCAAAUCUGAAUGUCUGGGAGAUGCUAUGCAAUCAAUGGUCCACGCAUAACUGAGAAGAUUCCUCCUAAGCUGAAGAAUUAUCUGAAUGGCUUAUGCUAGCAAAAUGUAUCCACCACCGCUUUUGUAUGAACAUUCGCUCUGUUUAUAGUGCUGACUGCUUUAAAAUGAGCAAUGAUACAUUUUUCUGCACCACCUUUCUCAGCAGUUGACAUAUGAGUAACUAUUUAGAAUUAAAAUAAUUAAAAGGAUAGCAAAUACUCUAGGGGAAGACUGAGAACACCAUGUAGUCUGUAGCACAGUUUUAUAUUGUACACGAGGGGAGAGCAACACCUGCUGCAGGAAGACUUUCCAUGCAGUGGUAAACAGUGAAAAAUGGAAGUACAGAAAAACUGUGGCAAAUUUACGUGUCUCAAACUCUUUUUGUCACUUUCCCAGAUUUUGGAGUUCCUUUCCAGUACAUUUAAAUUAAACAUGAAAUCCAGGUUACCUACACUUUAUAGCUACUUUUUUAAAAAGACAGACAAAUGGGUAGUGUUUUUAAAAGUUAAAAUAUGAAUAUAGAUCUAAAUAAGAGCCCACAAUUGUAUCCUGUUUGGAUACAGGACACUGAUCUGAGGUGUACGCUAGCUAAAUAGUAUUUAAAUAAAAUACAGUGUAACAAAUAUAACUAAAUAUAUAUGACUGGAUCUUCAUUAAAAGUUUUCAACCUCAUUUCCUUUAAGUGGAAAAUACAAGGAACCCUUUGCUCAUUUAUAAAGUGCAUUUAACCACACACUGCAUUGAAACCAACAGCUGACAAAUGCAGAUGUCAGCCAUUCUGCAGAGCUGCAUGAAACUGUUGUUUUCUUUAUUGUGUAUAGUAUUUAGAAUCAAUAAAUAUAGAUUCCAUAACUUACUGUGUUGACCUGUCGCAUUGCCUUUUGAAAUUCAUCCCAUUCUUUGUCCAUCUGAUCCUUUGGAGCAUCAACUUUUCUCACCUAAGGAACAUGAAAAUUUAUAAAUUAACAAUUUAAGUCUAAUGACUCUUUGGGGCACUGGAAAAAAAAAAAAAAAAACAGGAGAAACAGGAAAAAUUAUGCUGUGUUAUCAGAAAAGUCUGGUUGAUGUAAUUCAGUUUAAGUAAUGAAUAAGAGUUAGAGAGUGCAGCUGCACAAUGGUUUCAGAAGAAAAAGCUGACUCUACUCCUGGAUUAAAACAACAUCCGUGACUGCAGCACUACAAAAUAAUUAUUGACUAAAAGUGGCUGGUGUGGAAUGUCUGGAGUAACAAAAUUGAGUUUGAUGGUCUGUCAUUUCACUGUGUCAGGUGAUAACUAUUAAAUUCUUCUGUAAGCUGCCUGUACAAUUGCAUACAGUAGCCAUUUCACAAGCCAAAAAGCAGUGAAUUGUUUGCCUUUGGCAUAACGUAAAGUAUCAAACUUUUCAGUCACUAGUCUGCUGGUGUUAGGUAGCCUGACUGUAUUUCAAAUCUAAUCUAAUUUUCUUGGCUAACAGAAGAAACUGUACAGCUACAAACCAAUUUUAAUGAUAUGCAAAGCUUUUUACUCUGUGGUAGAUGGCAUUUAGUACUAAGACAUGAAGUCUGAAAAAGUAGUAGUGGUAAGAAUGUGUUUAAGAUCUACAGCCAAGGUAAUCAAAGCCAGAUUGUGCUUUUAAUGCAAAUAAAUCAACAAGGUAGUCUACCUGUGUAAUUGAAACUUCCACAAUUCAAGACUGGAAGAUGUGGCAUAUAAUAUAUUUUAGAGGACAGAUUAAGCCUGACUCAGGACUGGGUAGAAAUUAUACAGCUAGGAGAACUAAGCAGUUUGAACAUAGUAAGUCAUGACACCAUCUUUUUGCAUUAGUUUUAUUUUCCUUUAUUCAUUCUGCUCUUUUGGUGACAUGUCAGUCACCACCUUAGUAAAGACAACAGUUUGGUGCAUUUUGUUCCUGAGUGAUUAUACAAAAUCAAGUAGUAUGAAUUAAGUUUAUAGAAUAAAUUAGAAGCUUCCAAGCAAACUCAUACUGGGAAGUAAUAGUUACCAUUUCAUUUUUCUGUUCUGUUAUUAUUUCUAUCAUACGUGUAUGUACUGUGUUAUUAUGCAUUGUGAUUGUGUUUUGUAAUUCAUAAUUAUUUGUAUUUCUUACAAUAAAUUUAAACACUAAAGUUA